AUGGAUGAUGAAGACGGCAGGUGUUUGCUGGAUGUUAUUUGCGAUCCUCAAGCCCUGAAUGACUUUCUGCACGGAUCUGAUAAGGGACAGAUAGCAGCGGUUGGUGAAGGGAACACUAGCCAGAUACAGUCGAACACAAGCUGCGUUGACCUCUUUUUCCUUGAAGAUGAUAUCCUUGGGUCACCAGCUAAUUCCAGCGUUCAGCAAAAUUCAGAUGAACCCUGUGAUAUCUUGCAGCAAAGUUUACAGGAGGCCAACAUUACACAGCAAACGUUGCAAGAGGAGGCUGACCUGGCAGCCAAUGUGCUGCAGGCGCAGCCUUAUUCUCAAUUGCACUCUGCGACCCAGGUGACCGAAGAAACCUUACAGCUUUUUGGCAGUGGCAGCACGGACAUUGGUGGAUUAGCCCAGCAACAGCCACCUGCUAUAAUCACACAACAGCCUUUGCUUCAACAACCAGUCAAUGCCCAGUUUGUUAACAAAACCAUUAGCGUUCAACGUUUAAUUCACCAGGUUGGACUAAACAGCAUAGCAAUAACACCUAUAGCCAGUAUUCAGACCAGAUCCAAUGGUAGCCCCAGAAGAACUAGCAUUGGACAAAUUCAAAUGGUCGAUCAGCAUGCUGGUCAAACUGCUAUGAUGUCCAUUGGUCAACAUCAUCAGCAGCUGAUUACCAAAUCUGGCCAGUCAGCCCAGAUGACCACUCUUCCUCCAGGGAGUUAUCUAUCUGCACCAGGUGUUGACCAGCAGUUGACAGUAAACUCAUCCAUUUCUUCGCAAUUCCAAAAGAAUGUCGCUGGCACCAAUCUAAAUGGCAACUCUCUCUUUGCAAAUGUCACCCAAGCAUCCCAGCAGGUGACUGUUAGACCCACUAUCAAUAGUCAGGUGAUUCACACCCCAGUGUCUGCCCAAAAUAUUAUUCAAAAGACUCCUACUCCAAUUCAGCCAAAGCACCGUGUGAAUAUCCAACCCAAACUCAUUCAGAUAAGUCCAAAGCCUUCAUUUAGUCCAAACUCUUCUACUCUUCAGACAGCAUUAAAGCUUCAAACUGAAGCUGCACUACAGCAACAGAAAGCCCAACAGAACUUGACUUUUGUAGCCGGGACACCAAGUCAGAAUGUCCUAUUGUCAACCCAAGGCCCAACGGUUGCUCAAAGUAUUUCCGCAAACCUUAUCAAGCAACAACCACAGCAGGUUCAGCCAAAUGUGGGAAAGCCAGUCAGUGUUCAAGUAUUGAACCAGGGAGGUAGUAUAGUGAUCCAGCCUCAGUCAGUUCCUCAGGCUGUGAUGCCAGGUACAAACCAAUUCAUUGUACCAGGGCAGCUAACCAAUACAUCCGGAGUCGCUGUUCCUCACCAACUCUCUGCAAUUCAUGGAGGACCUAUUUUAACAGCCCAAAGUACAGCAAAGCCGAAUCUCCCAGGACAGGCAGCAACUACUCAUAUUAUUGGGCGACAGGUGGCUUCUAGUCAAUUGGUCACCAAUCAGUCCUUACCUGCACAGAUCCUGACUGCCCAAAAUGUUGCAGGACAAUUGACAAACUUUAGCCAAGUCUUUGCAGCACCAAAUGCACAACUGGCAGUAGGCCAAGGAACCACUCACAUAUUAUCUGGACCUCUGCAGUUACAGCCUGGUCAGCUGGCUCAGCCAACGUUAUUUCAGAUGCCUGCUCAGCUAAGUGGUAACUUCCCCGCACAGUCACAAACUUCUGGCCAACCAACUCUUGUACAGCAAGGCCAAACCAUAGUGCAGGGUGUUCCAGUGCCAAAUCAGAUAACUGUGCUGAACAACAGUGGCCAGUUAGGACAGUCCAUGAAUGUCCAGCAAUCGGGUGGUAAUUCUUCAAGCACUAAUAUUGUGCAGAAACAGCCAUCCAGUGAUGCAGAGCUACCGACGAUGGGUAACGGGCAGCCACCAGUACUCAUGAUCCAGCAGGCACAGGUUCAGUCUCAAAGCCAACCGCAGCCACAAACCCAGUCUCGGUCCCAAUCAGGAGAUAUUCAACAGCCCGUUCAGUUGUCAGCUGCAACACCAAGCAACACUGUGCCUGAACACUCAGAAAAAGUCAUUAUUAACCAGCAGGGAGUGGGCUCAGCACUUAAUGCUGAUCAGCUCUUGCUUUUCCAGCAGAAGGAACAAAAGCAACAACUGCUUUACCAGCAGGCGCUGAAGCUCCAGCAGGAGAAGGGCCUAUCACUAAACUCUUCCAAUGGCUUGGCAGCACCUAUCACUGCUAACAGCAUGUCAGCGUCUGUCCUUGUCAGCAGUGGGAUUGGAUCAGCAGUUCAAACAAACAGCAUUCUUGUGCCAGCCAGCACUGUCUUAAUGGAAUCCAAGAAUCGAGCAGUGUUACCUCAGAUGCAGCCCAGUCAUUUCCAGCCAGCUUUGGCAAGCCAGGCAAUGCCAAGUAUGAUCAGCAACAUCUCAGGCUUGAAUGUAACGCUUGGAAAGAGUCCAAUCCAGAUCCAAGUAGUUGGCAAAGGGAUUGCCCGCAUUGCUCCUGUGGGAAGUGUACAAUCGACACUGUUUCAAGGUCAUAACGGGAAUCUUAAAAGGCCAUUACCCACCACUCGACACAGAGGAGACUUGUUACUUGAACAGUUCUGCAAAGACCAGAAUUCCUUCAUGCAGCCUGAUUGCAAAACUGCAUUCAAAACCUUUGAGGAUACAGUUUUCAGUCUUCUGCCCUAUCAUGUAUGUAAGGGGAUGCUGCCUUCUGAAGAAGAUUUCAAGAAAGUGGAUGACGAGUUUGAGGCAGUAUCGGCCCAGCUUCUGAAGCGUACACAGACCAUGCUUAACAAGUAUCGGCUGCUGCUCUUCGAGGAAUCCAGGAGGGCAAAACCAUCAGCUGAGAUGGUGAUGAUCGACAGGAUGUUCAUUCAAGACGAAAAGGUGGCUCUGGUGGAAGCUAAGCAACUGGCCAGAGAACGUCCUGAUGCAUACAUCUCAUCAGUUUUCAACCCCAGCACUCUACCAUCAUCUUCCUGCUCUUCUGCAGCUUCAACUGAUCUUGUUCAAAGUUCAACACAGAUCAGUGCCACAAAGCUAGUUAUCAAACAGGCAAGGAACUCACCAUCGGUCACCUGGGCAACAGGGUCUCCAUUAAGUAAUGCAGAGAUUGAUGUACUUCCGAGUAGAUCCAAACCUCUGAAAACCUACGUUGCCAGUAGCAGAGGUGGUCUCAAGCUGAAGAUAAAGCAUGAGGCAGGUUGCAGUAAGGUGGUCCACAACACAGCAUUAGACCAGCUUUCCCUACCAGUCAUGAGUAGCUUAUCGGAGAAAAGCCCCAGCAAUCUACCUGUGACGCCCCUUAGCCAAAGCAAUGGAAAUGUGAACUGCAUGGCAUCUCCAGCUGAGAAACGCCAACAAGAAUGUUUGAACCACAGGGAUGUUCAAGCACCAAAGGACUACCUUAACAGCCUUGAUGGUUUUACAAAAAGUGAGCAGGAUAGUCUCAGAAAUUCUCCAAAUUUGGUACCUGACCAAAGUAAGAGGAUUUCCCACCCAAAGAACAGCUGUGGGUUUAAAAGAUCAAUUAAAUAUGAAGUCAACCAAAAAGCUGCUAUGAGAUCAGGUGGAAUGAAAGACAGUCCUCUGUCUCUGGUUACAAGUGACAGAACUGAAGGAAAUGGCUUUCCAGACCUUAUAGUGAACAAAACCGAGGUUAUCUCUGAGGAACUACUGGUAGGAAAGACGGAUGAUAGCACAAGUAAUCUGAUGAAGGAGCUCGCAGCAGUAGAAGACGCACUCGCACAGGGUCUGAUGAAGAUCGAGUCAGCAGACGAGGUGCCUGACUUGCGCUGGGAGUUGCCGCUUUCCCAACCCAAGCGCCGCAAGUCUGACUCCGUGGAUAAUGCAAGCUUCUCCAGCGACAGUCCCCAGGACAGUACGCUCAAUGAGCACUUGCAGAGCGCGAUUAACAGUAUCCUGGACCUACAGAGACUUCAGCACUCGUCUGAGGAGCAAACCACUACCAACAACCCUCCUGAUUCAGCAGAGAUGGAUAUCCCUCAAUUCUCUCCUAUGGCUUCCUCAGAAGACUUCAUUGAACCAGAAAGUCACGGUGGCCUUGUUGGAGCCGGCACCUCCACUUUGGAAGAAGCAGUGAACAGUAUUUUAGACGACUAGGAGAAUAUCGAAAAAACACACAAAAAAAGCGCUUAUCAGGAAAAACAAGCUUAGAAACUAUGCUUAUUUUUAAUAAAAAAAAUUGGCUCGCAUUUUGUGAUGAUGUAUUGGAAGUUGUAGAUUCAAGUGCUGUUAGGGCUUUUUGGACAGUGCCUACACAGGUUAUUGUACAAUGCCAGUUGUGUAGAAAGGUCACGCAAGGCAUAAAAUCAAGCAAUCCAUUUUAUAACAAUCAAUGUCUACACAACUAGUGUCAUACAAUAGCAUAUUUAUUAAAACACUCUGGUAAGGAUUUCUAGACAAAUCAGCGAAUGGUUUCACAAUGUAAGCUCCUCAACUUUUCAUUAAGCAUUGGGCAAGGAAAAUGACUGGGUUAUGCAAGGAACUUUUCUUUAUAAAGUCGCUGGCUGACUGUUUAAUAUGGUAAGGCAAUAUCAUAGCCCAGUCAAUGUAAUUCUAAGUUUUAAUUCCUUUGCAUGUUUCCACAUGAAUUAAAUCACAUAUAUAUUGGUUAGCGUUAAUGACCGUAUUCUAUAUAAUUGCGCUCUUUUUUC